AUGGAAUUUGGACCUUGGGGGAAAAUUGUUGAGUACCACUUCUAUAACCAAUAAUUUUACUGCUUAAUUUUUGACCACAAGAAGGUAGAGCUAAGGUACAGAAAAGUAGGGGAUCUGUAUUGUAACAUGAUACAAAGGGUUCAUUGCCUUAUUAACCCUUCAUUUUGUUAGCCACCAGCUACCAAGAAAAUGCAUCAAGAGGAGAAUAUAAUGAGUUCUCGUACUGUUACUAUGAGUAACUGUAUUGUGUCCGCUCGAAGUACAAAAGAUAAAAUUAGUGGACUAAUAAAUAUAAAACUAAAUGACAUAGACAUAUCCAAUAAAGUGUGCUUUAAGCAUUAGACUAUGGGGGACAAUGUGCAUCAUUUAUUUUUCACAUUAUGUAUUUUUGUACGUUUUUUUAAAUAAGUGAUAUUAUUAAUAAUGUUUAUUAAAUUUACCCUAAUAAAACAUUCUAUCAUUUUACUUUGAACGGACACAGUGCAGUAAUUGUAGUGACGCAAAAGUUUUGCAGACUCGUUUUUUAUUCAUUAAUUUUGUUUUUCGACUCUCAAGUCCCCGUAGGGACACCGUAGGAGCUGUAGGGCCACCCUCGAUCAUUCUCUUUUCUAAGUAAUACCGCCCUCUGGUGCCCAGUUGGCCUUAUCAUUUUUUUCAGCAUAUCUCAUACCCAGUUAUAGAAUAGACUACGGAGGCGUCCAGAUAUGUGAAAGAUAAUCGACAACCCAAAUUCAAUAAUUUACUAAAUGCUUCGGUGGUACAGUAUUGGAUUAACAGCGUGUGGAGGACACGUUCAUGCGGCACUUACUGUCCAAGCCGUUUUUUGGGAAUCCCUGGUAUUCUGCAGCUGCACUCGGUCAUGGAGAAACCUUGCGUACUGGCGACCAGAUUUGGAGCCCCUGGAGGGAUCUACCGGUGUUUCGCUCCAGUUAUUGAGAAGCAUUUCACAGUUAUCCCCCAUGAAGAAUUUGUGAAUAACAAGCAUCACUUUGCAAAUAAUAUUAGUGCAAUUUUUGUGUGGGGAAGCACACUUAAAGUGGACCGCAAUCUACUGCAAAUCUUACCUAACCUGAAGGUAGUGGUGAAUGGCGGCGUGGGUGUGGAUCAUUUAGAUAUAUCCCUGAUCAACAGUUUUGGGAUUAAAGUUUGCAAUACCCCUCAUGUUGUGGACAACGCAACGGCUGAUAUAGGCAUGGCUUUAAUGUUGGCAACAGCACGAAAUCUCAUAUAUGGAUACAACUACUCUGCUUCUCACAAAACUGAGGAGUUGGAUUUGCCUGAGAGCAGCAUGGGCACGGAUGUAAGCGGAGCCACCCUCGGCAUCAUCGGCAUGGGAAGGAUCGGAUACAAAAUGGCCAAACGGGCUACUAGCUUCGAGAUGAAGAUCCUGUACCACAACAGGAACCGUAGGAAAGAAGAGGAUGAGAAGGCAGUGGGGGCAGUUUACUGUGAGAAGUUGGAUGAACUGCUGCAAAAGUCAGACUUUGUCAUGGUUGUGGUCAAUCUGUCCCCUGAUACACAGAAGCUGAUUGGCUGGAGGGAGCUAAGCAUGAUGAAGCCAACAGGCACCCUCAUCAACAUCAGCAGAGGUCCAGUAGUUGACCAGGAGGCUCUAGUACAUGCCCUUCAGAGUGGAGUGAUUCGAGCUGCAGCCUUAGAUGUGACGUACCCUGAACCUCUUCCAAGGAGCCACCCUUUGCUGACUCUCCCCAAUGUAAUUGUGCUGCCCCACAUGGGCACCCACACGGUGGAGACGUCGCAGCUGAUAGUGGAGAGGAUGGUAACCAAUGCCUUAGCUGCACUGAGUGGGGACCAGCUUGCUGAUGAAGUUAAGGCCUAGUGAGGCAGAAGAUUCUCCACGAGUCUGGAAAAAGAACCUGCUUAGUUGACCAUCACGUUACAAAUAAAUGUGCUCAUUGCCACAACCACAGCUGAAAAUGUGUUGAACGCCCAGACUGUGGUAUUUACACAUUAAUCAAUAUGUUAUAGGCAGAGUUUGGUAAUUCUGGUCCAGAGAUUAAAAGUCCAGCUGAGUACUCUGUCACGGUGUCUCUUUAUGCUCAAAUGGUUGGUUUAAAUAAAAUCUUGGUCUGGACUUUUACUCUCUGGGCCUGAUUUACCCAACUUUGUAUAGGUAUUAGUAAUGUAUCAGUAGAGGUUUUUCAUUAAUUGAAUUAAAGUCUUGUAAUUUCAGACUAGAUUCUACACUUUAUGAAAGCUUUUAUGGCAUUCUGCACUGUUGAAAUAAAAAUAUGAUGGCUACUUAUCAAA